AUGAACGAUAACAAGCAACAAUCUACGGCUGUUGAACUCGGAUUUUUGGUAUCUCCGGAAGACAACUGGCAUGUUUGGGAUUCUGCCAAAUUCGGAGGAAAGCCUUAUUGGCUCGUUCCAGAGCACAUCCCCGGAUGUGACGAUCUGAAGUGUCAAUUCUGCGGAAAGACGAUGUGCUUUAUGAUGCAACUGUAUAAUCCUUGCGAUGAUAACGAGAAUGCAUACCAUCGCAGUAUAUACAUUUUUGUAUGUAGAAAUCAGAAAUGUUUGGAGAAGGGAAGUGUCUGUGCGUGGAGAUGUCAGCUUCCACAGAAAAACCCAUAUUAUCCCGAGGAUGUCGAUUCUGUUGUCGAUGACAAGUAUUUUGACGCCUCUUGUAGCUAUAGUCCUCUCCAUUACGGAAAUCACCUGUGCUCUGUAUGUGGUAUCAAGGCAACGAGCAAAUGUGCCAAAUGUAACACCUACUACUGCAGCAGAGAUCAUCAGGUGGCAGCCUGGAAGAACGGACAUAAAGAAUCGUGCGGGAAAGACACGAGUGGUUCUCAAGGAGACAAAGACUCUGUGUGUCCUGGGGUUCAGUUUCCUCAUUGGGAAGUCGAAAUUUUCCCGGAGCCCGAGCCAACCAAGGAAGAAGUCCUCUCCGAACAAAAGGAAAAGGAGCGUUUGCAGGCCUUUUCCUCUCAAAAAGGCGAACUCCGUAGCUCUCUGCUCUCUACUUCAUGA